AUGCAUCGUUUCAUUCUGUUUGCAAUUUUGAUUCCGACCACAAUUUUCGCACUUCAAUGUUAUAAUCGAGAAACGGAUGUCGUUGAUAAAAAGGCCACAAAAGGCGAAUUGACAAUUCAAAAUUGUACAGAUGAGAUUUUUUGCGUCAGUUACAUUCAAGAUGGAGAAGAUGUUAAGUUGACAAUGUUGGAGUGCGCGAACAAUUCGCGAGGACUGGAUGAUGACGCAGCUUGCACGAAAGUUGAGACACGAACACGGCAAGAGGGUGGAAUCACCCACACGACGAAUUGCUGUCAAACCGAUCUCUGCAACUAUUUGAAUCUCUCUUCUACGCAAAAAUUUUCACUGUUUCUUUGCUUUUUGAGCAUUUUCGUUGUGUUCAAA